AUGAGCCCAGUGGGUCGUCAUGAAAGCGUCGCCGUGAAUGGCGGGCAUGCGGACUUUGCGGACGCGCGCAUUGGUGAAGGGGUGAAUGAUGGUUCGGUGGUGCAGAAGCAAGGCGAGGCGGAUAGAGUCGGCGAUGCCCGCGGCGAGGAAAGGGGAGGCGAAAAGGGUGGGGGAGGAGAGGGAUGGGGAGGAGAGGGAUGGGGAAGAAAGGGAGGAGGAGGUGAGGAAGGAGGACGAGGGGAGGAUGCAAGAGGAAGGGCCGGGGGUGAAGAAGUGGGAGGUUUGGAAAAAGUGUUGGAUGGAGGUACGGAGGAAGCAGAGAGGGGCAGAGAAGGACACCAGAGUGACAGUGAUGGUGGAGGUGGCGGGGAGGGUGGCAGUGGCGGGGAGGGUGGCAGUGGCGGGGAGGGUGGCAGUGGCGGGGAGGGCGGACAGGAUGGCGAAGGAGCAGGCACAGAAGGGACUGUGACGGAGGGGAAGUGGAGGCACCCGUUCCUGGGGUCCAAGAACAGGCCCACCCGCUUCUCGCUGCCGGCCCAGAGCGCGCGGCCGCCUAUGGACGUGCGCGUGAAGUACGAGAUCGCGGUGCUGCGCUGCCUGCGCCCGCACGUGAGCGCCACCGUGAUCUCCGCCGUGGUGCUGGCGAAGCACGGCGUGGACGUGUCCCCGCGCAAGGUGCAGAAGAUCGCGCGCGAGCAGCGCAAGUGGAUCAAGGCGGGCGGCUGCCCCGCGCGCAGCAUGGAGCUGGUGCGACUGGAGGACGACAUGGCGGCGUGGGUGCUGCGGGAGGAGCAGGAGAAGAAGAGACAGGCCACUGUGGAGCGCAUUCUCGCGCGCGCGCAUGCGCUCGCGCCUAAGUACCUGGCGGAGGUGAAAGCCCCCCUGACGCAGAAGUGGAGGGUGGUGGUGAAAGUAGAGGCGGACGAGGAUGGGCCGGAAGGGGGUGUGCGGGAUGCUGGUGAUGAUGGCUGUUGCGAAAUGAACGUGGUUUGUGCUGGGGUUGAUACACGGGGUGAGAGAACUUUGCAGGGUGGUGGUGGCAAUGGUGGUGGUUACGGCGCUAGUGGUGUGCGGGAUGCAGGGAAGGGGCAGAAGGGAAUUGGUUGGAACAGGCCGGCUGUGUACAAGGCGCAAGCAAACGCUUUGGACGUGAAUUGGGCGAGAAAGACAUGGGUGACUGGGUGGGAGGACGGCGAGUGUGAGGGCAGUGAGGAGAGCGAGAGUGACGGCUCAAGCAGCGAAGAAGAUGAAAGCGAGGAGGAGAGUGAGGAGGAGUGGGGGCAGGAGAGCGACGAAGGGGCGAACUUACAUAAAGGAGGGAAGGCGGGAGUGAGGGGGGGAGAGGAGAGACUAGUGGAGGUGGAGGUAGGGGACCGGCACUUUGACGCGGUGCUGGCUGCUGCAGAGCGCGCAGCGCGGGAGACGGUGAGGGAGUUCCGGCGAGACGUGGUGGAGGAAGCAGUGGUGGACUCGGAGGUGCUGGUGAAGGGACCCGUGGGGCGCGGCAGCCUGGUGUGGGCCACGCACCUCGAGGUCAUGAGCGCGCGCAUGGGCAGGCGCAGACGCGCUCCCACGGGGGAUGGCGCGGGGGCAGGGGGGGAGGGGCGUGGGGAGAGGCGGGAGGGUGCGGGCGAUGUCCAAGGUGCGGAGGGUGGGGGGAGGCAGAGGGUGGAGGCUGGGGGAAAGGAGAUGGUAGAGGGUGGGUGGGAGGAGAGGGGAAAGGGUGGGGAGGAGAAGAGGGGCGAGGGUGGGGAGGAGAAGAGGGGCGAGGGUGAGGGGGAGAAGAGGGUAGAGAGUGGGGAGGAGGAGAGGGGAAAGGGAGGGGAGGAGAAGAGGGGAGAGGGGGGGGAGGAGAAGAGAGGAGAGGGGGUGGAGGAGAAGAGGAAAGAGGGAGGGGAGGAGAAGAGGGGAGAAGAGGGUGGGGAGGAGAAGAGGGGAGAAGAGGGUGGGGAGGAGAAGAGGAAAGAGGGAGGGGAGGAGAAGAGGGGAGAAGAGGGUGGGGAGGAGAAGAGGGGAGAAGAGGGUGGGGAGGAGAAGAGGAAAGAGGGAGGGGAGGAGAAGAGGGGAGAAGAGGGUGGGAAGGAGAAGAGGGCAGAGGGCGGAUCGGUGAGGUUGUGGGGCCAGCAGUAUUCCCGUCGUGUGGCAUGCAUGGGUACCAAUUACCGCAGCAUGCUGCCCACUCACCCACUCUUCAUCCGCGCCUCUGCCUGCUCCUCACAGCUCCCGCCUCCGGAAGCCAAGCACACAGCAGGGACAAAGGAGGGCGCAAGAGGCCACAAGGACGAUGCAGAGGGGCUCAUCUGCGUGUGGCGCCCCCCCCGGCACAAGCGCAGCAAGGGGGCAGGGCAGGAGCCAGUGGUACUGGAAGGGAUCACGCUCAGCCGCGUGCGAGCGCUGUGCCUCGUCAUGCAGGCUCGCCCGGGUGUGCGGCUGAAGUCGAUCCUGAGAGCGGUGAAGCAGGCGUGGAACGUGCAGCUGAGCCCCGGCGUGCUCUUUGCCUUCCUGUGUGAGCGCCGGCGCUGGCUGCAGCUGCCGGCGGGGCUGAGAGUGGCCAUGCUGAAGAGGCCGCGCAUCAAGGCCGUGCGCCUGCUGGAGGUGGCACUGGCGCGGUGGCUGGAGGACAUUGGCGCUGCCAUCAAGAUCUACUGGGAGCAGCUCUCCUGGCCUGCUCUGCCCUCCUCCACUGCUGCGCUGCCUGCUGGGAGAGGCCGUGGAGGCGCGAGGGUGCAGUAUGUGAUGCGGAAAGAGGUGAUUAUUGAGGUGGCGAGGCGGAUUGGGCCGCUGGUGGGAGUGUUUCCGGAGUUCAAGCUGUCGUACAACUGGUGCUCGAAGCUCGUGCAUGCCGUGGAUGCAUGCCGCGCCAUGCUGUGGCAGCACGCAUGGCAGCAGGAGGGGGACAGAGCACUCCCAGCAGUGAAGGGGAAAGAGCUCCUCGGGAGUUGUCCACCUGCAGACGAAGAACAGGAGGCAAGGGGAAUGGGUGUUGGGGAGAGUGUGCGGAGGAAGGAUCAUGAUGGGUUUGGGGUGGAGAGGAAGCGAAUUGGAGGGAUGGGGGAUGGCAAUAGGGGGAUGGAGAAGGAGCAGGAGAAGAAGAAGGAGAUGGAGAAGGAGAAGGAGAAGGAGAGGGAGAGGGAGAGGGAGAGGGAGAAGGAGAGGGAGAGGGAGAAGGAGAGGGAGAGGGAGAGGGAGAGGGAGAGGGAGAGGGAGAAGGAGAGGGAGAGGGAGAGGAAGUGGGAGAGGGAGAGGGAGAGGGAGUGGGAGAAGGAGAGGGAGAGGGAGAAGGAGUGGUGGAGGGAGAGGGAGAAGGUGAGGCAGAGGGAGAAGAAGAGGUUGAGGGAGCUGGAGAAGGAAAAGGAAAUGGAGAGGGAGAAGGAACUGGAGAGAGAGAAGGAAAUGGAGAGGGAGAUGAAGAGGAAGUGGGAGAUGGAAAGGGAAAGUGAGAGGGAGAAGGAGAAUGAGAACGCGAGGGAGAAAGCGAUAGAGGCGGGCAUCGACCUGCAGGAGUGGGCGGAUGGGCGCGACGUGAGGGCGCUGCUGCGCGCCCUGGACGGGGAGAGGUGGCGCGUGCGCUUGCGCGUGCGGCAGGGCCACAAGUGGUGCAAGUGGCUCCAGGUGCAGGCGCAGGAAAGAAGGGGCACGGGGGGAACGGGGCAGGGGGGAUUCGUAGGGGAGAGUGCAGAGGGAGAGGAGGGUGGGGUGGCAGGGAGUGGUGGUGGAGGGGGAGACGGGGCUGGGGAGGGUGAGAGGGUUGGUAGGAGGGAUGGUCGAGUGUGGAGGAAUUUUCUGUUCAACACGCCGUACUACUAUGACCCUCUGGAGGACCGGCCUGGGAAAGGCGGGAGGCGCGGAUGGAAGGAGGAGGAUGCGGAGUGGCGGAGGAGGGUCAAGGCAGGCGAAGUGGAUGCGGGAAGGAAGAUUGGAAAAGAGGAAGGUGGGAGACGUGUGGGUGGGAGAGGAGGGAAGGGGCAGGGUCAGGCGAGAACAGGUCAGGGUGGAGGCGAAGGAGGAGGAGAGCAAGGAGGAGAAAAGGGAGGAAAGGGAGUGGGGAGAGGAGCAGCAAACUCGGUGGAGGGGGCCAAGUGGGAUGGCUUGUGGUCGUCUGGUGACGAGGGAGGUGGUGGAGGAGAGGAUGAGGACGAACUUGGCAUGGGUGGCGAAGAGGAUAGUGACAGCGCUGAUGAUAGUGGUGACAGUGGUGACAGUGCGUCGGUCGUCCACCACUCCUCGCCCACCUGCCGCCUGCCUCCGUCCGUUGCUGCCACGCCCACUCAGCGCCCCAUUGCAACCUGGUGCACGCGUUGCUGCAGGGCUACCUGCUGCCCCCAGUGA